AAGUUUUUUUCUAUUAUGUGUGAUGCCGAAGCAAUUACCAAAGAUAUUCAAAACAUUUUAUAUCAUUAUAAAGAAAAUCAAAAUCGCAUUUUACUGAAUGCAUGCAAUGAAAUACGUCUUUGUCAUGGUGGAUAUAGAGAUUUGAUAAUGCGCCACAAAAUGUUAAGACGUUUAACAUAUUUUUCGACGUUUAUUUUGUGUAUUUUUACAUUAAUAUUUCUAACGUGUGGCUUGUGGUUGUUAAGAAGUUAUAAUUAUUCAUAUAAUCUGGGAGGUUGUUCCUCAGAGACUUUUCUUUUGCCUUUUGAAGAAUGUCCCGUAGUCUUUUAAUCAAAUUUAAAAAGAAUUAAUUAUAUAUUUUUUACUUUUUAUAUUUUAUAAUAAAAAGUGUUCAAACAGA